UUGGGGUAAUGUGACCGCAGUUGUCAGAUCUGGGGAGCCUUGAAAAGCUGCAUCAACUAGGUUUUUCUCUAAAAUCUGUUUAUCGCAAGGCAGUGGUAACAUCAACUACUAUUUCCCUUACGAGGUUACAUAAGGAGCCAGAAAACACGCACUCUUUUCAGGAGAAACUUCAUCAUGACGCAGAACAAGGCAAGAGUUGCUAGUAAGCUUGAAGACGAGUCUAUCAGCAGUGCCAAAGGAUUUCUGCCACCCUCUCCUCCCAGCUAUGAAGAAGCCACUGCUGACGCCUCUGGGAUGUGUUACAAGGACACUGAGAUGUUUACAGAGUUUAGUUGGGAUGAUUGCAAUGUCAGAAGAGUCUUUAUCCAGAAGGUUUAUUCCAUCUUAAUGAUUCAACUUUUGGUCACCCUGACAAUUGUUUCCUUUUGUACAUUUUGUGGGCCUGUAAAGGACUACAUCCACUCCAACCCAGGAUGGUACUGGGCUUCAUAUGCAGUGUUUUUUGUCACAUACUUGAUUUUGUCAUGCUGCUCCACGCCAAGGAGAAAGUUCCCAUGGAACUUAAUUUUCCUGGCUAUUUUUACAAUCUCCCUUUCUUAUAUGACUGGGAUGUUAUCUAGCUUCUACAAUACCAAAUCAGUGGUGCUGUGUCUAGGCAUCACAGCAGCAGUGUGCCUCCUUGUCACCCUCUGCAGCUUCCAAACAAAGUUUGACAUCACAUCAUACCAAGGGGUGCUGUUUGUCUUCUGCAUGGUGAUGUUCAUCUCUGGACUAGUCAUGGCACUUGUCCUUCCCUUUAAUUAUGUACCCUGGUUGGAUGUCACUUAUGCUGUGCUGGGAGCAAUACUGUUCACAUUGUUUUUGAUGUUUGACACCCAGCUUUUAAUGGGGAACAAGCAAUACACCAUGAGUCCCGAAGAGUAUGUCUUUGCCACACUCAACAUCUACAUGGACAUCAUUUAUAUCUUCUCCUUCUUCCUCCAAAUCUUUGGAACAAAACAUGAUCAAAGCACUGCCUGAUGCAUUGAUUAAACUACAACAUACAACAACAAACAACACUGCAUGAUUAAUGUGAACAUAACAGUGACUGGAAAUAUGGUUCUUGAAUCUAGAAUAGAUGCUCAGCCAGUUUCCACUCUCAGAACCUGGUACAUGUAACCCUAAUAAACAAAAACAAUCAUAUUGAGGGCUGGUGCAAGACAGUUGUUGGUAAAAGAGAAAAGGUGCCAUUCACGGAACAAUUGUGAACUUUGUAAAGACCUUAACUAGUAUAGGCAACUCUUUGAAAGAUUAUAUUGUAUUUUUUUUUCUUUCUUAGAAAUGUGUGCUGGCAACAUAAUAUAUUCAAGGUCUAAUUUAUAGUGAGUAUAAUGUAAAUGUUGUAAUGUAAUGUAAAUGUAAUGUAAAUGUAAUGUAAAUGUAAUGUAAAUGUAAUGUAAAUGUUUAAUGUAAACAUAUAUUGUAAAUGAUGGAUUCAAAAUAUAUAUUCAAGUUAUAUUAUGUUAUCUCACUGUUCAUUUUAAAGGUACUGUAAUGUAAUGUUCACUCUUUAUUUAGUCAUUACUAUUAGUUAUAGUCAGUUCACUACUUUAUUUAGUCAUUAUAUUCAAUUAUGUAAACUAUGUAAUCUGCACUAAUGUUUGUUCUUGAGUCUUGCAGAAAAUGUCUUUUGAAAGUGCAGGAUCCCACAGGAAGAAGGUCACUGUGAAACCGAAACAUCAUGGGAGGAUGUUUUGUGGAAAGAGUGACCUUCUGGAAAUGCAAAAACAGAAUAUAUUUCUCUGUGUAUUUCGUCAUAUGUUUUUAAACUGCUUGCAAAGUAUACGCCCCCCCCCCCCCCCCCUUCAGAUGUGUAUGUAACUAGGGUUCCCUAACUUUAAUAAAAGAGGUGAAAGACGGUUUGGGCCCCAGAGAGGGUGGUGGUUUGUAACUGGGGUUUUUGCCUCUCCGCUCUUUCUCCUCAAUAUUGAGACA